UUUCUGUUUUCAUGACCUUUGUGGUAUUUCGUUGAUAUAAUAUUCUUGUAUAUUGCAUUUUCAGCUCAAAGAUGGGACGCCGUCCAGCGCGUUGCUAUCGCUAUUGCAAGAAUAAACCCUACCCAAAGUCACGUUUCUGUCGUGGUGUUCCAGAUCCCAAGAUCAGGAUCUUUGACCUCGGGAGAAAGAAGGCUGAGGUAGAUGAUUUCCCUCUCUGCAUCCAUCUGGUCUCUGAUGAGUAUGAGCAGCUCUCAUCUGAAGCAUUGGAAGCUGGCCGUAUCUGUUGUAACAAGUACAUGGUGAAGUCAUGUGGUAAAGAAGGUUUCCACAUCCGUAUCCGGGUCCAUCCCUUCCAUGUCCUCCGAAUCAACAAAAUGUUGUCGUGUGCUGGAGCUGAUAGGCUCCAGACAGGGAUGAGAGGUGCCUUUGGCAAGCCCCAAGGUACAGUGGCUCGAGUAAACAUUGGUCAGCCUAUCAUGUCCGUAAGGGCCAGAGAAAACCACAAGGCUAAUGUGAUUGAAGCCCUCAGGAGAGCCAAAUUCAAAUUCCCUGGCCGACAGAAGAUCAUCCUGUCCAGGAAGUGGGGAUUCACAAAAUGGGAGAAGCCAUUGUAUGAGGAGAUGAGGGCUGAUGGUCGCCUUGUUCCCGAUGGUGUUAGUGCUCAAUACAGGCCUCACCAUGGUCCAUUGAAGAAGUGGAUGGCUGCGCAGUCGUAAAUUAUGAACUUUUGAAUGUAAAUGGCCUGUAAAAAAGAGAAUAAAAAAAGGGAAAGUAAAA